CCCUGUGAGGCGCCCUCGCCGUCCCGCCGCUCGCUCCCUUUUUUUUUUCCAGGACGCCUGGCCCUCGACGACGCUCCCUCCCCUUCCCCUCAAUGCGGGCCGCGCUCCCUCUCCUCUUGCCGCUCCUCUGGAACACAGUCUGCCAGCAUGCUGCUGGAUCCGGGCUAAAUGUGACAGAGCAGAAGGAAGACAUGCCAAUCUUGAAGACUCCCAAUGCACCUGCAGCUGAGGUGUUUUCAUCAGGAGUUGAUUAUGAAGAGGAAGAUGCGAAGGAGGUGAUAGCACCUCAGUUCCUUGUGGGUGAUCCAAGUAGAGGGGAAUUACAACUUAAGAAGCCAGAAAAAUCAGAAGGUGGAAAAAAGAACCAUAGCAAACCCAGGAGAAAAGGAAAUAAGGAGAAGAAAAAUAGAAAGAAAAAUAGACCUCCGUGUGAAGGAGAAUUUAAAAAUUUCUGUGUUCAUGGGGAAUGCACAUAUAUUGAAAACCUCGAGACAGUCAGCUGCAAAUGCUAUCCAGACUAUUUUGGUGAACGUUGUGUUGAACAAUUCUUGAAGACGCACAAGACCAAUGAUGCAGCAAAUUACUCGACCACAAUUCUUGUGACAGCAGCUGUUGUGCUUUCACUAGUCAGUUUUGCUGCCGUUGUAAUCAUUGUCAUAUUCCAGAUAAGAAAAAAAUGUCCUAAAUAUGAUGAAAAAGAAGAAAGGAAAAAGCUCCGGCAAAAAAAUGCAACUACCAGCAAUGGUGUUUAAAGAGAAGUAAAGAAGGUGAAGAAGCUAUUGCUGAAGCACACGCUCUUCCAUGGAGGCACGUACGAAAAGUUCAAAUCAAGAACCUGGAGGAACCAGUUUGAGACUGAGACCUUGUCUGCCCCCAACAUGGAGGAUGCAACAAAGAGGGAUUUUGCACUCCCUUUUACUUCUUGGCAGCUGCCAGUGAAUAUAGAACAUGCAUUGGCAAGGAAUAUUGCUUAUAAUUUUCAUAGAGCUACUCAGGAGCUACUCAGUACUGGAAAGAUCAUGUGGCCAUAGCCUUGCAGACUUCCCUUUUGCAUGUGUUAUCUGUCACUGGAAACUGAGGAGCCUGACAAGAUAAAAUCUCUGUGCAUGGGUGGGUGAGAAGGAGAGGUAGGGGAGAUAAAAAAAUAGGAAAUACUUCCGGCUGUACAAAGUAAUUAUUUACUGACUUCCACUCUCACACCCAUGAAGGUGAAAGGGUGGGGGGAAAAGGCUUUAAGUAAGUCUCUCACGAUACUUAAAAGAGCUCUGUGGCUCCAACUGGGACAAAUGGCACAGUGCAGGGUGUGUCUCUCCCACACUUCCACCUCAAUCAUGCUGAGCAUUCCCAGUUGCUGUGUGAAGAAGCGGCAGAUCAGAAAUGUUACUCUUUUGUUCACCAUUGUCUGCUUUUUCUUCUGGAAGCCUCUCCUGAGUGUGUCUGCGAAAUUGGAGCAACAUCCACGGUUGCUGCUGCUAUAGUUGAGAACCCUAUAUGUAUACACUGGAAAGUACAGCACAGUUUUUAAGACUGCCACCUCACCGUGAAUCUUGCCCAGAUAUACAGGGAAAAAAUAUAAACAUUGCUCAUUGGUGUUUUUGUCCCCUCUAAGGACAAGCUUGGUCCCCAUCAUUUGCAAUGUGCCAAUACUAGGAUGACUGAUGAAUUGUCUCUUUAGCAUUCUGAAGCUGGGAUGGGCAGGCAGAUGCUGUUCCAGCAGAGAAGAAUCUUGAGAUGCAGCAUGAGAGUAUUUAACACUUUACUAAAACUCUUCACAAUUCAGGAACUGGCAAACUGCUGUAGAUUUGCAGUUUGGGCAGCAAACUUUAAAUUGGCAUUUGAUGAUUCAAGUAGUCCUUGGAAAAUUUACAGUGAGGUGGGACACAUCUUUGCCAGUCCUGUUGCCCUCUGCUUCUCUGGUCUCUUGAGCAUAAUUCCAUUUCAAGUGGGGAAAAAAUUAAUUGUGCUGAUCCGCCACGAGUAGCCUGUGGCCUGAGCAGUGGGAGUGCCUCUCUCACAUACAAGGUGAGGUGUGCCCCAGCCUGGACCACAGACCAUCUGUACAAUCCACUGAGAAGAACUGCUUGUUCUUAAUCCCCACUGGGAAAGGAGGUUGUCCAGGUGCAGUGCUUCAUAGAAGAUGCUCAAUAAUAGCAGAGCCUCCUAGGAUGAACAAUAUAAAGCAAUGGUCCAAAUCCUCUUGUAUCAAGAUAUGCCCAUGCACACUUAUGGCCUCAUCAGUUGUGAGCUUUUAUGGCUCAUUAGAAGUUUCUUAUUCACCACAUCAGUUUUAAGAUUCUCUUAGGAUCCAUUUGACCUGGGGAAUACUCUGAGGAUGGGGAGGGAAGCCUUGAAUGUCCAAAAAUCUCCACCAACAGUAUUGAUUCCAGCAACAGUACUGAUCCCAGCAGCAGCCAUUUUUGAAGCAUUAAAGCCCUUACCCCCCACAGACAUCCCAAGGUGUCCCCAGGUCAAAAGGGAUCCCGAGGGAACCUGAGACCAAGGGGGGGACAGUUAGAAUAGGAAACUUUUAAUGACUUUUAUAAAGUUCCUAACUGAUUUUGGCCAUUGUAUCAUUGACAGACUUACUAUUGCAAACAGUAUAUUGAUUUGGCACGCAGACUGCUUAAUGCCCACAAACUUGAAUGGAAUUUUAAAAAGGUUUACACUAUCAUGUGAAUUCCUACUGAGGAGCUGAAGAUUAUGUUAAACUUCUUCUAAGUGACGUCCUGUAAAGAUGCAUCUCAAUUAAUUGAAGUUAAAAACCUGUGCACACUUUCUUGUACGCUUAAAGGAAUAUAACGGGAUUUAUUUCUGA